UCAAAUUAACGUAGAGAAAAACAAACUCUCAUGUUCAUAUAAUUCCUCAAUUAACCCAAAGAAAGAAAAAAAAAAAAGUCCCUAAUCUAUCCCUCUCCAAAUGGCGGCUUCGGUUGACAACCGUCAAUACAGUGUCCUCGAACCCCACAUAAACGGCGUCGUUCGUACCGCCACCGCCACCCACCGCUCCGAUUUCAAACCACCUUUGCUUUUGGAUUUGGAUUCCUCCAGCAGCGACGACGAACAAAACGACGACGCUUCCAACCUUAAAGACCUCAUACGAAAGGCGAACGCGGAGGUGGAGCCCUCAGUGUUGGACCCACGCGACGGCGGAACCGCCGAUCACUGGGUCCACCGCAACGCCUCCAUGCUCCGCCUCACAGGGAAACACCCCUUCAACUCAGAGGCACCACUCCAACGCCUCAUGCACCACGGAUUCAUCACCCCGGUUCCACUCCACUACGUCCGCAACCACGGUCAAGUCCCAAAGGCUCGCUGGGAGGACUGGACCAUCGAGGUCACCGGUUUAGUCAAGCGGCCCGACCGGUUCACCUUGGACCGGCUCAUCCGCGAGUUCCCAAGCCGCGAGUUUCCCGCGACUCUGGUCUGUGCUGGGAACCGCCGCAAGGAGCAGAGCAUGGUGAAGGAAAUCAUCGGGUUCAACUGGGGCGCCGCCGCGGUCUCCACCUCGGUGUGGCGCGGCGUUCCUCUCCGGCAAGUGCUACGGCGGUGUGGGAUCUACGCGCGGACGAAGGGUGCGCUUCAUGUUUGCUUCGAGGGUGCUGAGGAUCUCCCAGGGGGUGGUGGGUCCAAGUAUGGAACGAGCAUAAAGAGGGAGAUUGGAAUGGAUCCUUCGCGUGACAUCAUCAUCGCUUACAUGCAAAACGGUGAGCUUUUGGCGCCGGAUCAUGGGUUCCCCGUUCGCAUGAUCAUACCCGGUUUCAUCGGUGGCCGCAUGGUGAAAUGGCUCAAACGUAUCGUCGUUACUACAGAGGAGAGUGACAGUUAUUACCAUUACAAGGACAAUAAAGUACUUCCCUCCCACGUUGAUGCUGAACUUGCCAAUGCUGAAGCCUGGUGGUACAAGCAAGAGUAUAUAAUCAACGAGCUCAACAUAAACUCGGUGAUAACAACGCCUUGUCAUGAGGAGAUCUUGCCCAUCAACUCAUGGACUACGCAGAGGCCUUAUGUACUUAAAGGCUACGCAUAUUCCGGGGGUGGAAGGAAAGUGACACGAGUUGAGGUAACAGUGGACGAUGGAAAUACGUGGUACGUGUGCACGUUGGACCACCCUGAGAAACCCAACAAAUAUGGCAAGUACUGGUGUUGGUGCUUCUGGUCAUUGGAGGUGGAGGUGCUGGACCUUCUUGCGGCCAGAGAGAUUGCUGUCCGCGCGUGGGACGAGGCCCUCAACACCCAGCCUGAGAACCUCAUUUGGAAUCUUACGGGCAUGAUGAACAACUGCUGGUUCAAGGUGAAAACCAAUGUGUGCAAGCCACACAAGGGUGAGAUUGGCAUAGUGUUUGAACAUCCAACCCAACCAGGUAACCAAUCUGGUGGUUGGAUGGCAAAGGAAAGACACCUCGAGAAAUCACAAGAGCCAGACCCAACCCUCAAGAAGAGUGUCUCAACGCCAUUCAUGAACACCACCUCAAAAAUGUACUCCAUGUCCGACGUUAAAAAACACACCAACCCCGAUUCCGCUUGGAUCAUCGUCCACGGCCACGUCUACGAUUGCACCCGCUUCCUCAAAGAUCACCCCGGCGGAACCGACAGCAUCCUCAUCAACGCCGGCACCGACUGCACGGAGGAGUUCGACGCCAUCCAUUCCGACAAAGCCAAGAAAAUGAUCGAAGAUUACAGAAUCGGCGAGCUCAUGACCACAGGCUACACCUCAGACACAUCAUCGCCAAAUAACUCCGUGCAUGGAAACUCUGACACAAUCCAUUUAGCCCCCAUUAAGGAAAUCAUCACAACACCACUUCAUAACGUAGCUCUUAACCCACGCGAGAAAAUCCCAUGCAAGCUCGUGUCCAAAACUUCCAUUUCCCACAAUGUGAUACUCUUCCGUUUUGCGUUACCAUUCGAGGACCAAAUAUUGGGGUUGCCAGUGGGAAAGCACAUAUUCUUAUGUGCCACAAUAGACGAGAAGCUAUGCAUGCGAGCCUACACUCCAACGAGCAGCGUUGAUGAAGUGGGGUACUUUGAUUUAGUAGUCAAGGUUUACUUAAAAAACGUGCACCCCAAGUUCCCUAAUGGUGGUCUCAUGUCUCAGCACUUGGAUUCUCUACCUAUUGGUUCUUUCUUGGACGUGAAAGGUCCACUAGGUCACAUCGAAUACACUGGUAGAGGCAACUUUUUGGUUCACGGAAAGCACAAGUUUGCAAAGAGGCUAGCCAUGUUAGCUGGUGGGACUGGAAUCACACCCAUUUACCAAGUGGCUCAAGCGAUUCUUAAGGACCCCGAGGACCACACGGAAAUGAACGUGGUGUAUGCAAACCGCACUGAGGAUGAUAUAUUGCUAAGGGAUGAACUCGAUGCGUGGGCGAAGAAUUUUGCACGGUUUAAGGUGUGGUACGUGGUGCAAGAAAGCAAAAGGGAAGGGUGGGAAUACAGUGUGGGGUUCGUCACGGAGAGUAUCCUGAGGGAGCAUGUUCCAGAGGCAUCAGAGGAUACCUUGGCAUUAGCUUGUGGUCCACCACCUAUGGUUCAGUUUGCGGUGCAGCCCAAUUUGGAGAAAAUGGGGUAUGACAUCAAGAACAAUUUGCUGUUGUUUUAGGGCAUAUACGGCUAGUGUUGUAUGUAAUGUGUAUUAUUUGUGUAUCAGCUUAAUUAUUAUUGGAGUAUCUCUUAUUUCUUUCUUUUUUAAGAAAUUAAAAAAAUGAAAAAUUGUAUAUGGAUUGUGUGACACGCUUAACUCUCCUUCCUUUUUCA